CGCCUGCGAACGUCUGUUUUCGCCCCGCGCCUUGCCAAGCAAGAUUUCGCGGCAAGCGUCAGAAAGACGAAAAAAAAAAGAAAUUAGAGGGCCGGCCUGAGGUUUGGAGGAGGGUCCAGGCAACACCGUGCGUGUCGCACGACUUGCGUCGGACGCUACUUCGUUUCCCGCCCCCCUUCUCAUCUCAUCAGAAAAGGAGAGAGGGCUCGAGAGCUCAUUGGCUAACAGGGGCCUGCGGACCCUCACAGCGCGGGCAGGUUCUCGCUCUGUGGCCACGACGACGACGACUACGACGACUGCCUCUAUCCUCAUCGACUACAAUUGCAAGAUAUGCCACUGCUCCUUUUUGCAGCCCUGCUCGCCCUUCACUUCGCGGGAUGGGCACAGGCACUGCCUCGCAUCCUCCUCUUCACCGGUACCGCGCCUGGGGCCUACCGACAUGACUCAAUCCCCGUCGCCGCAGAUACCAUCACGGCGAUGGGCAACGGCAGCCUCCCCCUCGACGCAAAUGUUGUGGAUCCCUCGCUGCUGACGAGCAAUAGCGCGGCCCGCUGGGAGACGGUGCACACCGAGGACAAGACCCUAUUUGAGCAGAGUGGCUGGCUGAACCAGUUUGACCUCGUCGCCUUCGUCCACACCACCGACGCAAAUCCACCCGAGACUGGGAGCGUGCUCACGCCGGCCGGUGCCAAAAACCUCUGCACCUACUUCUCCCAGGGCGGCGGCUUCGUCGGCAUACACUCGGCGUCGGCCUCGAUGUACAGCUAUGGCUGCUAUGGCCGGGUCCUGGGCGCCUACUUCGACUACCACCCAGAGAUCCAGAACUUCACCAUCAGUGCCGUGGAUAGCAGCCACCUGUCCACCUCGAGGUUGCCCAAGAACCUCUUGCUGUACGAGGAACUCUACCACUUCCGCAGCGACCCACGCGCCCUCCCGUCGCCCGCCCACGUCCUCGUCACCAACACAUCGGCCGUCCAGGAUCCGGGCGUGAAUCUGAGAAACUUCCGGCUGGGCGGCGACGGGCCUGCGCCGCACCCGCUGGCGUGGUACCGGGAGGGCAACCUGCUCGCGUCCGUAGAUGGCAAUACCGCACUGGCGCAGACGGGCUCGCUGGCGGACAACCUCAACAGCACCACUGGCUUCGAGACGUUCGGCAAGCAGCCAGCCGCCGGCCGCUCCUGGUAUUCGUCCAUGGGCCACGCGAAUGCGACAUGGGCCAUCCCCGCCUACCGUGGUCACGUCCUCGGCGGGUUCGCUUGGGUCCUUCAGAGCAGGUGAGAGGGAGAGCGAGCGCAUGCAGACCCAACCGUCGGGCUAAAGCUGACAGACACGGUCCCUACCUCUUAGCUCGACGAAAACGAACAACAAAACGGCCACGGUGGGGCAGACGGCGGCGGCGGCGUCUCAGACGACCCAAAAUUCCAAGCCGAAUGCAGCUCGCGCCCGCCACCCCAAGCAGCACCGUACUACCCACCGCAACCACCACCACCAAGCCGGACGUGCUCUCGCUCAAGGUGGUGCCGCUGCACUCCUUGCUCUUCUGU